ACUUCCUUGUUGGCGUUUGGUUUCAGUAAUAAAAAAAAAGGCGGUAAAUGGUGGUGACGCGCAUUCUUCCGUUCCGUGGAGCUAGGACAGCUCGUCUUUGUCUCCGUAAACUUCACGACAGCGCUGGUAAGCAGUCGGGUGUCAUGGCGGGUAAAAGAGGAGCGCUCAUUGUGCUGGAGGGGGUGGACAAAGCCGGGAAAACGACGCAGUGCAAAAAACUAGUCCAGGCGCUACAACAAAGUGGACAGUCCGUGGAGAUGAUGAGAUUCCCCGACAGGACCACAAUAAUUGGACAGCUGAUCAACGCCUACCUGGAGAAGAAGAGUGACCUGGAGGACCAUGUGGUGCACCUGCUGUUCUCUGCAAACCGCUGGGAGAUGGUACCUUCAAUGAGGAAGAAGCUGGAGCAAGGCACCACUCUGGUUGUAGACAGGUAUGCCUUCUCUGGAGCUGCUUUCACCAGUGCCAAGCCGGGGUUCUGUCUGGACUGGUGCAAGAAACCUGACGUGGGACUGCCAAAGCCGGACCUCGUUAUGUUUCUACAGCUCAGCCCCGCUCAGGCUGCUCUCAGAGGCCAGUUUGGGGAAGAGAGAUAUGAGACCGACGAUUUCCAAAGAACAGUUCAACAGAAUUUUGAUCAGCUGAUGAAAGAUCCCUCAGUCAACUGGCAGGAAAUUGAUGCUUCUCAGAGUAUUGAGGAUGUGCACAGGGAGAUCACCACCCACAGCCUUAAUACUAUCAACAUAGCUCAGGACCUGCCGCUUGGAGAGCUAUGGAAGUGACCGCAUGCCAGUCUGGGUGAAACCGCUGUCACAGGACCAAGACGCUGUGAUGCAAGAUUUAGUUAUUUUUGUACAUUAUUUGCUAUAAUAACUAACUAAUUCUUUUGCACAAUACACAUUGUUUAGCCCACUUGCAAUAUUGUUUAUGCAAUAUAUUUUUUUUAGUCUGUCUUGAAAUCGAAGAGAGAGAUUCAGUUUUCAAAUAUCAGAUUUGGAUUUUAUUUUUAGUUUUUAAUCUCUUACAUGUAUAUUGUUCUUUCACCUGUCUAUAUAUUGUGAUUAAAUAAAUAAUCUUCAAAUGAA